UCGCCUCGUAGAGGGGAGAGCGGCGCUGCUCUUUAAGUUGCGCGGGGAGCCCGGCCGGUGCCGCCGCAGCCGCAGCCGCCUCGCGCGGCGGGGAGGGAGGGCGGGCGGGCCGGAGCGAGCUGGGGAAGACGGAGCGGGCGCUGCGGCGCGCGGGCGGGCGGCGGGGGGGACGCGGGAGGAUGGAGCAAGUGGAGAUCCUGAGGAGGUUCAUCCAGAGGGUCCAGGCCAUGAAGAGUCCGGACCACAAUGGGGAGGACAACUUCGCCCGGGACUUCAUGGUGACUGAGAACACACUCGGCGGUGAGAUGGGUGUUGUGUUUCAGUGUGAGAGGUUGGUCAAGCGAUUGAGAAGAUUGUCUACCAAAUAUAGAACAGAAAAGAUUUAUCCCACAGCCACUGGAGAAAAAGAAGAAAAUGUUAAAAAGAACAGAUAUAAGGACAUACUGCCAUUUGAUCACAGCCGAGUUAAGUUGACUUUGAAGACUCCAUCCCAAGAGUCAGAUUAUAUCAAUGCAAAUUUUAUUAAGGGUGUGUAUGGGCCAAAAGCGUAUGUGGCAACCCAAGGACCUUUGGCGAAUACAGUCAUAGACUUCUGGAGGAUGAUAUGGGAGUAUAAUGUUGUGAUCAUCGUAAUGGCCUGUCGAGAGUUUGAGAUGGGAAGGAAAAAGUGUGAGCGUUAUUGGCCUUUGUAUGGAGAAGACCCUAUAACAUUCGCACCAUUUAAAAUUUCUUGUGAAAACGAACAAGCAAGAACAGACUACUUCAUUCGAACACUUUUACUUGAAUUUCAAAAUGAAUCCCGUCGGCUCUAUCAGUUUCAUUACGUGAACUGGCCAGACCACGAUGUCCCCUCGUCAUUUGACUCCAUUCUGGACAUGAUAAGCCUAGUGAGGAAGUACCAGGAGCAUGAGGACGUGCCCAUUUGUGUUCACUGCAGUGCAGGCUGUGGACGAACAGGUGCUAUCUGUGCCAUAGAUUACACGUGGAACUUACUGAAAGCAGGGAAAAUUCCAGAGGAAUUUAAUGUAUUUAAUUUAAUACAAGAAAUGAGAACACAAAGGCACUCUGCGGUACAAACAAAGGAGCAGUAUGAACUUGUUCAUAGAGCUAUUGCCCAACUGUUUGAAAAACAGCUACAACUGUAUGAAAUUCAUGGAGCACAGAAGAUCGCUGAUGGUAAUGAAAUUACCACUGGAAAUAUGGUCAGUUCCAUUGAUAGUGCGAAACAAGACUCCCCUCCGCCAAAGCCCCCACGGACUCGCAGUUGCCUUGUAGAAGGGGAUGCCAAGGAAGAAAUACUACAGCCACCAGAACCUCACCCGGUGCCACCCAUCCUGACGCCAUCGCCACCUUCAGCCUUCCCAACCGUAACCACUGUGUGGCAGGACAGCGACAGGUACCACCCAAAGCCAGUGCUGCACAUGGCGUCACCAGAGCAACACCCGGCAGACCUCAACAGAAACCAUGAUAAAUCAGCGGACCUAAUGGCAAAAAGUGAUUCAGCUAUCGAGCACAUAGAUAAAAAGUUAGAGCGCAAUUUAAGUUUUGAGAUUAAGAAAGUCCCUCUCCAAGAAGGGCCCAAAAGUUUUGAUGGGAACACGCUCUUGAAUAGGGGACAUGCGAUUAAAGUUAAAUCUGCUUCAUCUCCUGUAGCUGACAAACCCUCUACACCACAGGAGUUAAGUUCAGGGGAUAUAAAAGUUGAUGGUGUGUCUCAGAAUCCUUGUGCGGACUGCAGUGCGGCACAUUCAGACAAAGCUCCUGAUGCUUCAGAAGAGUCCCAGAAGAACUCACACACACCUCCUCGGCCAGACUGCUUGCCCCUCGAUAAGAAAGGACAUGUAACGUGGUCCCAUCAUGGACCUGACAAUGCCACACCUGUACCUGACUCACCUGAAGACCAACCCCUAGGUAAUCAUUCUCAGACUCCGAAAACGGUGAGUUCCACACCGAACUCUACAGCAGCAGAGGAAGGCCACGAACUCACGGAGCACCAUAACAGCUCCCCUGUGUUGAGAGCGCCUAUCAGCUUUACCAACCCUCUGCACUCUGACGACUCAGACGCAGAUGAAGGGGGCUCUGACGGUGCUGCGACCAGGAACAAAACUAGCAUUUCAACAGCAAGUGCCACAGUGUCUCCUGCCAGUAGUGCUGAGAGUGCUUGCACUAGGAGAGUGUUGCCAAUGUCCAUUGCCAGACAGGAAGUAGCAGGAACGCCGACGCAUCCGGGUGCUGAGAAAGAUGCUGAUGUUAGUGAGGAAUCACCUCCUCCCUUACCUGAACGAACUCCUGAGUCUUUUGUAUUAGCAGAUAUGCCUGUAAGAGCUGAAUGGCGUGAACUUCCAAGCCAGGAGUGGUCUGAACAAAGGGAAUCUGAAAACUUGAUAACCUCUGGAAAUGAAAAACAUGGGUCUGUCCACACAGAAGCUUGUACAGACUGUCAACCUACUGUCAGUGACAAGAAAGACCAGAUGACAGAAAGUUUAACAGAAGUCACAGAUAUUGGUUUUGGUAAUCGCUGUGGCAAACCUAAAGGACCAAGAGAUCCACCUUCAGAAUGGACAUGAUUCAGGGAGUUAAAAGACACUUUAAAUUAUACUGGAAAACUCAAGUGCCACUGAAAGCCAGAUUUAUAGUAUUCCAUCUUUAAAUGUGGGACUUAUAGCAGUGUAGAUUGUUACCUUAAUGUUUUUGCUGGGACCAUCUACCUGCCUUAUUACUACACUUAGGAAAAAGUAUUACACAUUGUUUAUUUUGUAACUUCAAGUAUUAUUGCCUUAAUGUCUCUUAACCCUGUUACAAGCUGCUUGUAGACCUGUUAAUAUAGUAAUACUUUUAUGAUAAAUUGAGUUAAGGACUACUCUUUUGCUGUUUUAUCAUGUAUGCAUUAUUUUGUAUAUGUACAGGGCAAGUAGGUAUAUAAUUUGAUAAAGUUGAAGUCCUAAAAUAUUAUUAACAGAAGAUGUAAGAAUUUCUGCAUGGUCUAAGUCUUUGUGUAUCUUACUUGUAAAUUAUUUGCCCUGAAGUUUUAGAAAACAGUUUCUGAAUUUUAAACUUGCUGGAUUCAUGCACCCAGCAUUGCAGGUUAUCAGAGAUCAAAGAUUGUAAUAAUAAUACAUUUUGUAAAUUGUAAGCAGAAAGUUAUUUUUAUAUUAUCUACUGUCUACUUGUUCACACUAAUGGCUCUCGUUUUCAUGUAGUCACGGAUUCAGUAAGUGCCUUGGAAUAGUAUUGACUUCUUUUAGCUCGUGCGUGUUGCUUUGAAAUUGGAAUUCAACUGGGGUUAGAAGACUAUCAGAAUAUAUGUAUGUUUCGGGAUAUUUGACCUGCCAUUAAAAAACAAACAGUUUUACACUGCUA